UUUUUCUGCCGCAAUUUGUAAAUGCCGCUCAUUUGAUAUCAACAAACUCUUUGGGUAGUUUACGCUUUUCCAUGAAUUGAAGGAUUUGAUUUGAUCGUAAGUAUUGAAUAUCACCUCCAUUAGCCUCUGAUGAUAUUAUCAUGGAAACCUCCCUUAACUAAUCAAUUGCGCUCAGCUUCGCCAUGGCUCCCUCGAAGUCUACCUCCUCUCCUACAAAUACAAAAUGGACUCAUGAAUUUGAUACGAUUCGAAGAGAGAAGCUUUUCAGAGACCCUCCAAAAGAUCACUCAGCAUAUCCUGCACUUACAGCUGCGGUUGCACCUCACAUCGAGUCGUUCAAUGCACUUUUCGAGAAAGAUGGCUUAAUUGCUCAAGGUUUAUUAGAUAUUGGAUCCAAGACAUACCUCGAUGGAGAUGAUAGAUUAGGACCUAGUGGAAAGAAUAGUUUGACCGUCAGAAUUAAGGAAGUCUUUGUUGAAAAGUCUAUGUUGCCUCCAUCCAACAAAUUUUCUACCAAGAACAGAGAAAUUUUACCGGCAGAAUGCAGAGAACGACAUGUUACUUACAGAGGAAAGAUGUCGGCGCGCAUGGAGUACUCGAUUAACAAUGGAGACCCGAAAGAGUUUAUUAGAGAUCUUGGGCAAUUGCCUUUGAUGUUGAUGGUAGUGAUCCACACCUACUUCAUUCUCAAUAGAGCUGACCUUUUCAUUUCCAGUCAAAUAAAUGUCAUCUUCAAAACAACUCACCAGCACAGCUUGUACAGAAGAAAGAAGAAUCCGAGGAGCUUGGAGGAUAUUUCGUGGUGAACGGAAUUGAGAAAAUCAUUCGUCUUCUUGUUGUGAAUCGUAGGAAUUUCCCCAUGGCCAUCAUUAGACCUUCAUUCAAAGGCAGAGGUCCAGCAUACACCGAAUUCGGUAUGCUCAUUCGAUCCGUACGGCCUGAUCAAACUUCCCAGACCAAUGUUCUUCACUAUCUAAAUGAUGGAAAUGUUACUUUCCGUUUCUCGUGGCGCAAGAACGAGUUUCUGGUACCUGCCAUGAUGAUUUUGAAGGCGUUAGUGGAGACAAACGACAAGGAAAUUUUUGAAGGGCUUGUAGGCACUGCUGGUUCAAAGGGAACAGAUAACACAUUCUUGAAUGAUCGGGUGGAAUUGUUAUUACGAACCUACAAGGCCUAUGGGUUAUACACAAAGAGCAAGACUCGAGCAUACUUGGGCGAGAAGUUCAGAAUCGUCCUUGGAGUCCCAGAUACCAUGUCAAAUUACGAUGUCGGAACGGAAUUUCUGCGAAAGAUUGUCCUCGUCCAUCUCGGAAAUACCAACGUCACAGAAGCGCAAGACAAGGAUAAAUUUAAGAUGCUUCUUUUCAUGACCAGAAAGUUGUAUUCUUUGGUUGCUAGAGACUGUGCUAGUGACAAUCCUGAUGCGGUCCAGAAUCAGGAGAUUUUGCUUGGAGGAUUUUUGUUUGGAAUGAUCAUCAAGGAGAGACUAGAGGAUUGGCUUCACACUAGUUUGAGAAUGGCGUUGAGGGACUAUGUCCGACGAAGCCCGGAAAACAACUUCACAACACCAGAAUUUUUGAAAGAUUUCCCGGUCAAAAUUUGUUCAAGAACAAAUGAACAGGUUGGCGGUGCUUUAGAGUACUUCAUGUCAACUGGAAAUCUGGUCAGUCCGACGGGAUUGGAUCUUCAACAAACCUCUGGAUUCACGGUUGUUGCAGAAAAGAUUAAUUUCUUGCGAUUCAUCGCUCAUUUCCGCAUGAUUCACAGAGGUAGUUUCUUUGCCCAAUUGAAGACUACUACCGUUCGUAAGUUACUGCCAGAGAGUUGGGGUUUCAUGUGUCCUGUGCAUACUCCUGAUGGAAGUCCUUGUGGGCUGCUUAACCAUCUCUCGCACAAAUGCAUAAUCCUCACACACGCCUCUGAUGUAUCAGCUCUACCAAAGCUCCUUUCAGAGCUAGGUGUUGUUAGUGGCGGCUCAUCAUCCACUGAUGAAAGUGUUGUCGUUCAAUUAGAUGGAAAGAUUAUGGGAUGGUGUUCACCCAAGCAAUCUCUCGUCAUUGCCGAUACUUUACGUUACUGGAAGGUCGAAGGAACACAUGGUGUUCCGACUAAUUUGGAAAUCGGAUACAUCCCCAAUUCUCACGGCGGACAAUACCCAGGUAUCUAUCUUUCUGCUGCGCCAGCUAGAAUGGUCAGACCAGUGAAAUAUCUAGCACUCGAUAAAGAAGAUUUCGUUGGCCCACUCGAACAACCCUUCAUGUCUAUUGCUGUCACCGCGCAGGAGAUUGAACCCGGGGAACACACUCACGUCGAGUUUGACCCUACUCAUAUUCUGUCUAUUCUUGCCAACAUGACUCCCUUCUCCGAUUUCAACCAAUCACCUAGAAACAUGUAUCAAUGUCAGAUGGGUAAACAAUCUAUGGGUACACCUGGAACUGCCAUCCGUUACAGAACAGACAACAAGGCUUAUCGUCUCCAAACCGGACAAACUCCAAUUGUCCGCGCCCCACUCCAUAACGAAUAUGGUUUCGACAACUUCCCUAAUGGAAUGAACUCGGUGGUUGCCGUCAUUUCCUACACUGGAUACGACAUGGACGACGCUAUGAUCAUCAACAAGUCCGCGCACGAGCGCGGCUUUGGUCACGGAACCAUUUACAAGACGAAAAAGUACGAAUUAGAGGAAGGACACAAAUCUCGAUCUGCCAGAAAUAUUAAGAAGCUAUUUGGUUUCGCUCCUGGUGGACUCGUGAAAGCUGAGUGGAAAGCAGCCAUUGAUGAGGAUGGUUUGCCGUUCAUCGGUCGCAUGGUUCAGAAUGGUGACUUGAUUGCUGCAUGGCACACGGUAUCGAUGGAUGAGAAUGGAAAAUAUAUCAAUCGAGAUGGCCAAACUCAUUUCGAGAAAUACAAGGAGACCGAAAUUGCAUUCAUCGAAGAAGUGAGACUGAUCGGAAAUGAGAACGGAAUAGAGCCUUGUCAAGCUAUUUCUGUCAAACUCCGCAUUCCACGUUCUCCUGUCAUUGGAGAUAAAUUUUCAAGUCGUCACGGGCAGAAGGGUGUUUGUUCGCAAAAGUGGCCAGCAGUUGAUAUGCCAUUCACGGAGUCUGGUAUUCAACCUGAUACCAUUAUCAAUCCUCACGCUUUCCCCUCUCGUAUGACUAUUGGUAUGUUCGUCGAGUCCUUAGCCGGCAAAGCAGGAGCGUUACACGGUUUGGCGCAAGACAGUACACCAUUCAAAUUCGAUGAGGAGCACAAGGCGGGUGAUUAUUUUGGGCAUCAAUUGAUGAAGGCUGGGUACAAUUACUACGGUAACGAACCUAUGUAUUCCGGUAUCACUGGAGAGGAGUUGCACGCCGAUAUCUACAUUGGAGUUGUCUAUUACCAACGUCUUCGUCACAUGGUAAACGAUAAAUACCAAGUCAGAACCACUGGUCCCGUUACACAACUCACCGGUCAACCUAUCAAAGGUAGAAAGAAGGGUGGUGGUAUCCGUGUGGGAGAGAUGGAACGUGAUUCUCUGUUGGCUCACGGUACAGCUUUCUUGUUACAAGACAGACUACUCAACUGUUCGGACUACACAAAAUCAUGGAUCUGUAAGGAGUGUGGUACUUUCUUGUCGACUCAGCCUACAGUCUCGGCAUUUGCAAGUAAGAAGAAAGGAACGGGUGUGGUGAGAUGCAGGAAAUGUGCCACAAGAGCGGAAGGAAAGUUCGGUGGAGGAGAGGUAUGGGAGGAUGGAAAGGGUCAGAGAUGGGUUGGUGGUGAGGACACAACCGUUGUGGCUGUUCCGGGUGUGUUGAAGUAUUUGGAUGUUGAGUUGGCGGCUAUGGGUAUCAAGUUGAAGUAUAAUGUUGGCCCGUGAGUUGAGUAAGUUGCUGGUGAGGACAGAGGGGGCAGUAGAAGAUGAUUGACGAAUUGAAUUUGGCUGGCGUUUGGGGAAAGGAAUAAUUGUAGCAUUUACAAGGGGUACUCUUUAAUUUUGUUUGGACACUGCAUGAUUCCAUGGUCAAAAGCUACAAAAUAUCGAUUAGCAUGAAUAAAAUUUCAUAGAUUUAAUGGUGCCCUCGGGUUGGAAUCCG